GACGUUUCAGCUUGUUAUUGUCGCAGUUUUCGUAGCGAUGCGACUCUGACGUAUAUUCGAGGAAAUGAAGUUAGGUUAACGAGAGUUGUCUAAUGUAUGUAUAAUUCACUGACAUUAUUUUGGUUAACGUCUUAAUAUUUGACUGGAGAUAUUUAUGUUAAGCGAAUAAACAUAUCUGUUUCAAUAAUGAAAAUCAAGUCUGUUUUUCUUAGUUUAGAUAUAGUGGUGUAGCGUAGAUACGUAAUAGUUAUGCUUGGUAUUUUAUUUUCUCCCAUACACAUAUCAACUGCCGAAAUGUUAUUUACCCGAAUACACAUUUUUUAAAUCAUAAUUUCAUUAUAUCUGAACUAAGAAAACACGCUACCUACUCAUCAGAAAUGAGAAAUGCAACCUGCAGAGAAGAAACGCUCGGUUAAUACGCAGGUCAGGUCAGAUCAGAUUCUAAACCCUUUUAAACAUUAAAUAGUUUAAAAAUACUAUAUGGGCUUAAAGAAAAUUUAGCAAACCAAACAUCGGACAGUAAUUAAUUCUUCGGAAGUUGAUCAUUUGGUCCACAAAGGUUAUCUUUCACUACGCGUUAACAAAACGAAUACUUGCAACAUAAACCAAAAGAUUUCAUGACCCUUAAUAAAAUUAUGUAAACAUCCUCUAAUAAAUAGCAUUCAAGCGCAAGCCGCUUCAGAAAUACCUAAAUCCCACAAUUAGGAUCAUCUCGCGCCGGGAGCGCCCGCGCCGGCGGCGCCGUACCGACAUGCCUGAAAGUGCGUUAUUUAUUUAUUAUAACAUCCUCACUUGCCAGCACACCUUAGUAUCCAAAGAGCCACCGAUUAGAAGACACUUAUAAGUUAAAUUAAUAUUGUCAUAUUCAUGCGCGUGACGCUGCACUUCUCUCGCCACAUGGAUUUCGGUUGCUACGACAAGAACUCUGGCGAAGUGGAGUGCUACCUCGAAAUACAUUGUGAUACGGGUACUUCUUGCGCAAUCACGAUACAAAUGCCCAACCCGGAGGCGGUGGGCUGCGUGGAGCGGUUCGCGACCUUCAUGUCUCUGCUCCUGGUCAUCAUCACAUUCCCGUUCUCGCUGUUUGAGUGUUUUAAGGUGGUGCAGGAGUUUGAACGAGCCGUGAUAUUCAGGCUCGGCCGAUUGAGAAAAGGCGGCGCGAGAGGCCCCGGAUUAUUUUUUGUGCUGCCAUGUAUAGACACCUAUAGGAAGGUGGACUUAAGAACUGUGUCUUUUGAUGUGCCACCUCAAGAAGUUUUAACGAGAGACUCCGUGACAGUAGCUGUAGACGCCGUAGUGUACUACAGGAUAAAGGAGCCUUUGAACGCAGUAGUCCGGGUGGCGGACUACAGCGCAUCCACAAGACUGUUGGCUGCGACGACGUUGCGCAAUGUGCUGGGCAUGCGCGACCUGGCGCAGCUGCUGUCCGACCGAGAAGCCAUCAGCCACAUGAUGCAAGCAAAUCUGGAUGAGGCCACGGAUCCCUGGGGUGUUGAGGUGGAGCGUGUGGAAAUCAAAGACGUGAGGCUACCAGUGCAACUGCAACGUGCAAUGGCGGCCGAAGCCGAAGCAGAUCGCGAGGCACGCGCCAAGAUCAUCGCGGCUGAAGGCGAGAUCAAAGCCUCCAGGGCACUGAAAGAGGCCUCACUAGUCAUGAUUGAUAACCCUAUGGCCCUUCAGCUCCGGUAUCUCCAGUCACUGAAUACCAUUUCAGCGGAGAAAAACUCUACAAUAAUAUUUCCAUUCCCAAUGGAUUUCCUGAAGACAUUCUUAGGAGUUCCUGGUCCAAGCAAUCCAUCAUUACCCAUAUAAUUAAUUAAACAUAUCUACGCGUUAUUGCUA